AUGGAGGCCAGAGCUAGAGGAAUCCACUGGAAACUUUUCGCACUUUAUUACUUGUUGGCUAAUGCCUUUGCCCAAGAUUUCGGUCCUACACAGUUUAUCUGCACAUCCGUGCCCAAAGACCUGGACAUUUGUACGGCCACGCUGCAGAACAGUGUGCCCGGUGAGGAGCUUAGAUCCACGGUCAUGCAGCUCAGGGAGACAGUGCUCCAGCAGAAGGAAACCAUCGUAAAUCAGAAGGAGACCAUCAGAGAGCUCACGGCUAAGCUGGCGCGCUGUGAGGGCCAGAGCGCUCCCGAGGCUGGACGAGGAGGGAGACGGAAGGAAUCAGGCUCCAAAAAUACCAUGGGGGAUGUAUCGAGGGGUCCUACUGAGACGCUCGCGCAACUCUCGCAGACUUUGCAGAAUCUAAAGCAAAGAUUAGAAAACCUGGAGCAAUUUAGCCGGAGUAACGGCUCAGCUCCGGCAAACAGCCUAAAGGAUCUGCUGCAAAGCAAAAUCGACGACCUGGAGCGCCAGGUGCUGGCCCGCGUUAACGCCGUGGAGGAGGAGGGCAGACCGGCCGCGCGCAACGAGAGUGCGCAGCGCGGGCAAGUCGAGGCUACGCUUACGUCUCUGCACCAGCGCCUCAGCGACCUGGAGAAAGGUCAAAAGGAAGCCAGACCACUGGACAAAUUUCAGUUGACCUUCCCCCUAAGGACCAAUUACAUGUAUGCUAAAGUAAAAAAGAGCCUGCCAGAGAUGUAUGCCUUCACUGUGUGUAUGUGGAUUAAAUCUAAUGCAUCGCCUGGAGUAGGAACACCAUUUUCAUAUGCUGUCCCCGGUCAGGCCAAUGAGUUAGUUCUUAUUGAGUGGGGAAACAACCCAAUGGAGAUUCUUGUUAACGACAAGGUUGCAAAGCUGCCUUUUCUCAUUAAUGAUGGAAAAUGGCAUCACAUCUGUGUUACAUGGACGACGCGUGAUGGAGUGUGGGAUGCCUUCCAAGAUGGCGUGUUGAGAGGAAGUGGGGAGAACCUGGCACCAUAUCAUCCAAUUAAACCACAAGGCAUGCUCAUAUUAGGACAAGAACAGGACACUCUUGGUGGAGGGUUUGAUGCUACUCAGGCAUUUGUGGGCGACAUGGCCAAUUUUAACAUCUGGGACCGAAAACUGACUGUAGGAGAGAUUUAUAAUCUGGCAACAUGCAGCAGCAAAGCACAAGUUGGUAAUGUCUUCUCCUGGCUGGAGACCAGCAUUGAGAUUUAUGGUGGAGUAUCCAAAUGGACCUUCGAAGCUUGCCGCCAACUGAACUGA